AUGGAGGAAGUUAUUAAAGCACUGAUCCAGUCUACUUCUGCACAGCAGGAAGCUAAUAGGAGAGCUGCAGAAAAUAGUGCAGCCCUACAGCAGCUGGUGCUGGCUCAAGCAGAGAAUGCUAUGAUAAUGGCCAAAACACAGAAGGAAAGCACUGAGACCUUGGUACAGCAGAUUGUUAUGACACAAGCGGAGGCAUUCAGAGUGACCCGUGAGGAACAGCAAACCGCUACCCAUGCGCUACAGCAGGAGAUUCACGCUUUGUCUGAAAAACUGAACUGGGACUCUGAAGGGACCUAUCAAGGACCCAAGGUGAUUCGGGCAAGUCACUAUCUUCAAAAGAUGACUGCAGUAGACGACACUGAGGCAUAUCUUCUGGCUUUUGAACGCACAGCAGCGAGAGAAGGAUGGCCGGCAGCUGAGUGGGCAAGCAUACUGGCACCGUUCCUGAGUGGAGAACCCCAGAAGGCCUACUAUGACUUGGAGCCAGCACAGGCCAGUGACUACAGCAAGUUGAAGGAUGAAAUCCUGGCAAGGCUUGGAGUAACCUCAGCAGUACGUGCACAAAGGUUCCAUUCAUGGUCAUAUUCCUCUGACAAAGCUGCAAGAUCCCAAAUGUUUGACCUAAUACAUCUGGCCAGGAAGUGGUUACAGCCGGAGGUCAACUCAGCUAGUCACAUUGUGGAACUCUUAGUAAUGGACCGUUUUUUGCGGGGCUUGCCUCCCACUCUGCGGCUGAAUUGGGAUUUUGGGAAUAAUAUGGAAGAAAAGAAUCAAGACUCCAGAAAGCCAACACUAGCACAAUUUGGGGAUGGAGGAUGCCCGAGUAACCUGUUCCAGCAGCUGCAGGAGGUGAUCUCUUCUUUGGAAACAUGUGUCUUUUCCUUGAAAAGUCCAACUCUAGGUGGACCUGUAGAUUGUCAUGCCAUACCGUUGCUGGACUCACCUCUCUCCAGUGUCACCAUACUCACACCUGUCGCAAGUGGACUGAACCAGCAGAUUCCACUUGUAUCACCAGAUGGGGAGCAGCACUACCUGCAGUCUGAGAUUUCUCAUUUGCGGGAACAGAACGCAGCCCUGAGGUUCAAAUUGAUGUACAUGGAUGUUGAACUGGACAGGUCAAAGGUCACACUUGGAGACACCAUAGAGGAGAAGGAAAAGCUACAAGCCGAGGAAAAGAUGCUGCAAGAACUUCUAGAUAGGGACGAUUCUCCUCAACCCCAUUCAAUACCAAACAGUCCUGAGGCCGAAGCUCCAAUUUCUGACCUUGCUUUUUCAACAAGCCUUCACACAUCUAAAGCUCCCUUGUCAAUGCUUCAAAGUCUUAUACAAUAUCUUCAGACUAUCCCUGGGAUCCAACUCAAACAGCCUAGUGCUCCUGAAAUUCCACCCAAAGGCUUAGAGGCUGAAAUUGAACGACUGAAAGGACACCACGACUUCAUGAAGCAACUGAAUGAACAGCUUUGCGUCGCUCUUAAGGAGUGCAAGACAGACUCAGAAAAAAUCAGCAUGCAUCUUGGAAAACUGGAGUCCACAUGUACUGCACUGCGCCUGGCCCUACAAUCCAGUGAACGAUGUCUGAAGACCUACAGUGUGCUGCUAGCUCUUGCAGAGGCAAAGGAGGAGAUCCUGCUUGGACAACUGGCUACUGGAGAGUUACUAAAUUCAGGAUGGAGCCUUCUACCCAAAGAUUUAGAGAUUAAAACCAAGCUCUUCAUGAUGGAGGUGAAGAAGACAUUUCGCAGAGAGGGAAUGAGUUCUGAUAAGAAAGCAGAUACAGGAAACCCUACUAUACACAGGUCUUAUGCUCCUUGGCUGAGUGAGGAAGAUGAGCUGACCUUAAAAGACUAUGUCCAGUCCUUGAAACUGGAUCUGGCAUCCAUCUCCCUACAGGAACAUCAACCCAUUGGACAAGAUGGUGCUUCCAACUCUAUGGAAGUGGUUCAUAUUGCUGACAUCAUAAGAACCAAGGUGGACGAUGCUGUCAAAUCUUCAAUGGAAGCUUCACCACGUCAGCCAGAGAAACCUGCCCGAACCCAGAUUGUGCAGGAGCUGAUGGAUACCAGAGAGGGCCUGGCAGAAAUAAAAGCUAGCCUACAACUGCUGCAGACAGAGAAGAGAGCACUGGAAUUGCAGAUUGCAUCUCAGGCAGAGGAGGAACGAGCCUACAUGCUUAUCCGAGACGAACUGCAGGUGGAACUGAACGAAUGGGCAACAGGAGAAGAUCAUACUAGGAGAAUAGAGAAGCGCGUGGAAUGUGUGAAAGAGACCUCUGGUCCUGGUGAGCAAUAUGGUCCUUCAGGAGACAUGCUGAAUCUGCUGGACUCAUUGUCACGGAGCACCGAGAUGAGGGCACAUGUAGAGAACCUGACUUCUGAACUGGAUAAAUUAUCCUGCAAGGUCCGUAAUCAGAAGACUCAGUCUGCCCAAGUCAUCAUAGAUUUCUUCAAAGCCCACAGGAAUCUUUUCAUCACAUACCAGAAUGCCUGCAGGAAAUACAAACAGCAGCACCGCAGGCUGGAAUCCCAGGCUGGUUCAAUGGCACAACGUCAGCGCCAACAGCUGCAGAAUCUUCUGCAGAUUAUCAUGAGACUCCAGGCACAGAAAACAGCAAGAGAUACGGGGGAAACUUCCCUAUAAAUGGCACAGGCUAACUGGUCAAUGGUCUCGAAUACUAUGUUCAGUCUGUGCAUAGCACAAACAUAAAUAUCCAGAGUGAGAUACAC